GCGUCGCACCGAUUCGCCAGUACAUUUUGAACCGGCCGGUGAAUUGGAAGUGCUUUGCAAAAAUGGUCAAGCCCAUUCUCUAUACCCUACAUCUCAGUCCCCCAUGUCGUGCGGUCGAACUAACUGCCAAAGCACUGGGGCUCGAGUUGGAACAAAAAGUCAUAAAUUUGGUUACGGGUGAGCACUUGACUCCGGAAUUUGUUAAGAUCAAUCCUCAACAUACGGUUCCGGUUUUGGAUGAUAAUGGCACAAUCAUUCCGGAGAGUCACGCCAUCAUGAUCUUUCUGGUUUCCAAGUAUGGCAAAGAUGACAGUCUCUACCCGAAAGAUAUCAUCAAACAGGCUCGCGUGAAUGCCGCUUUGCAUUUUGAAACGGGUGUACUGUUUGCUCGUAUGAGAUUUCUGUUUGAGCCAAUUAUCUUCCGUGGCAGCAAGGAAAUGCCGGCUGAAAAAGUUGAUUUCAUUCAACGGUCCUAUCAACUGCUGGAAGAUACCCUGGUGGAUGAUUAUGUCUGCGGAUCUUCUCUGACCAUCGCGGAUUUCAGCUGUAUUUCAACGAUCGCCACCAUUAUGGGCGUUGUUCCGCUGGAGAAGGAGAAGUUCCCGAAGGUGCACGCCUGGAUCGAUCGGCUGAAGACGCUGCCCUACUACGAGGAAGCCAACGGAAGUGGAGCGGUCCAGUUGGCCCAGCACGUCGUUUCAGCCGUGGAGAAUAAGUCCGGCACGAUGGUAAAAAUAGUUCUGUAUACUGCAAAGCUCAGCCCUCCAGGCCGUGCUGUUGAAUUAACCGCCAAGGCUUUGGGACUGCAGGUGGACAUAAGACCGAUCAAUUUGAUCGCCGGUGACCAUCUGAAGCCCGAAUUUGUGAAGAUGAAUCCUCAACACACAAUUCCGUUGAUCAUCGAUGAAGAUGGUACAACUGUUUUCGAAAGUCACGCCAUCAUCAUAUAUCUGUCUAAUAAAUAUGGUGAUGGUAAACUUUAUCCGAAGGAUAAUAAGAUUCAAGCGAAAAUCAACGCUGCUCUGCAUUUCGAGUCCGGGGUGCUGUUUGCCCGUUUACGUUUCUAUGUGGAGCCAAUUCUCUAUACCGACUCAAGCGAUACGCCUCAGUACAAGAUAGACUACUUAUACAAGGCUUAUCAGCUGUUGAAUGACACGAUCGUUGACGACUUCAUCGUUGGGAACAGCAUGACUCUGGCGGAUUUGAGUUGCAUCGCUAGUAUCGCUUCUAUGCAUGCCAUUUUUCCAGCCGAUGCUGGACAGUAUCCGAAUUUGGUGCGUUGGAUAAACCGGAUGUCGAAGCUGCCAUACUACAAGGAGAUCAAUCAGGAUGGUGCCGAGGAGCUGGCUGCACUUUAUCACAAAAGACUGGAGGAGAACAUUCGGAAUCAGAAGUGAUCAGGGCAUGAAAUGCAGUGACUAACAUUUAAAAAAUGUUAAAUUAGUAUGACAAAAUUAUUAAUAUGAUUUGUUCAACUCAGAAA